AUGUCGUCUACAAUUGGGAUUACGACCUCGGCACUUGCGCCCCUCUUGCCUGUUACUGGUACUUUUGCUAUGCCAUUCUCGGCAUACUUUGUUUUUUUAAGCUGUCGGGUUGUAUACCACCGUCUCAAGGACCGGUUUUAUGUCGGCGACAAUUCUUCCAAGAAUGGUGACCCGAAUAACAAGUUGUAUCUGGCUAGCCGCUGCCAUCAAAAUUUUAUCGAAAAUGUACCGAUGGCUCUUAUCAUUGCAGCCUUCGCUGAACUGAACGGCGCAAAUCAGAGGACUCUCAGCAACGCCCUCACCGCCCUCUUGACCUUCCGAGUUCUACACGCGGAGCUGGGUCUUAUUAAUGGAUUGGGCUUGGGUCGACCAAUUGGCUAUUGGGGGACCAUGACUACGACUUUGUGGUUGGGCGGGUAUGCUGCGUAUCUUGCGAAGGGGUACUGGGGGUUCUAA